UGUUGAUUUGCUUUCGACAGUAAAAUUGUUUCACCGCAAGCACGACUAGCUGUUGUGAUUGAAUAACUUUGCACUCCCAAAAGGUACUAAGAAGUUCUAGGUAACUUGUGUCACGGCCGCUAUGGACCGUUUUUCACAUCGAUUCUUGACCGUGGAGCACAUUAUUAAGGAGAUGAAACUACCAUCGAUGUAACUACUACAACACCUUUAGUAAAAUCUACUGCUCUAAAAAUAUUAAUUCUGGAAGCUCCUGCAGCCCAGCAGAAGUAGUAUCACCCCGAAAUAAGAACCUCCCAAUCCCAUAUCAAAGAAAUGAAGUUUCUUAACGAUGGCGAUGUGUCCUUUUUGGACCUCGAGAAGCUGAUGUUUGAGGGCGGGGUGAAAAAGCCAGGCCAUCUUAUAACCCGCUCAGGUGUUACAAUCUCAAACGUUACAAUAGAAUAUGGAAAUCUGUGACGCAAGAGUGCAUGAUCUAGCCAGCCCUCAUAGGAUUGCGCAUGACAAGUUCCGGAGCCCCGAACCCCACUACAAUCUGGCAAAAUUUGUAUUGCAGAAAAUGGAACGCGCUGCGAUUCUGUCAUGCUCGGCAUGCAACACAAAUUCCAGAUUCUAUGGUAACCGAUUUGAGAUUGCAACACCUGAGCGGGUUAUACAUCUACAGAAGCGCCGCAAAGUCGAGAUGAAAUAUCCUGUGCAAAAGUAUCGUACUCGUAUAAAUGCAUUACAAAUUUCCUCAGCAUGAGAAAGAAAAUUUGUAAUGCGAAUUUACGAUAAGAAAAAGAUUUGUAAUGCAAGACUUGCAUUUAUUAUACGAGUGCGAUACUUUUGCACAGGAUAUGAAAAUAAGUGGCACAACUCCGAAAAACUACAGCAACACGACGUCAUCUUCAAAAGCUGCUACUGGGGCUGCAAGCAGCUCUUGUAACAAAUUUCAGAACAACAAUCUCGGGCUAAGCGAAUUGCCCAUCGGAAGUAGCAGCUGCAACAAGAGCAAUGCGGAAAAUAAGAGAAAAUCGUCCUGUGCUCUUGAUGGACCUCCACAGGAUGUGAAUAAAACUGACGGCGCGCUCGAAGGCCAAGAUGACGAGACUGCUCAAGGCAACCACCGGAAGAGCACCUCCGACCACCAGAAAGACAACACUGUAACUUCCACGGCGGCGGGGACCCCCGCCUCCGAUUUCUUCCUCCACCGCGAGCAAAAUCGGAAGGUGUACGAUCUGACCGACCCCAGCGCUUUGGUGCAGAAGGGGGAAAAGGUCGGGUGGCUUGCCGUGCGUGCGGACAAACGGGAGGAGUUGGAGACGGUGAGUAGAAAAUUGUCCGCGACGAGCUCGUUUGAUAACAAGGACAAUGUUGAACAGCAACAAAGUCUUCACGUUUUUAACAAGAGCCAGUCUUUCGAUCAGGAAGGAAACGUGAACCCCCACGGAGUAGUAACUACUGCUCCUCCUGCGCGAGCGUCUCUUGGUUCAACAGGAUCCGAACAGCAGAACAAUAAUCGCCAUGACGCGGCUAGUAGUACACCAGCAGCAGGAGCUUCUAGCACAUCGGAUAAAAAUCACGAUCUCGGCUGCCAAAACGUGGACGAUUUGUCUCCGACCAGCCGAUAUGAAUUCAUUGCAAAAAUGUCCAUGUCGUACUAGUCCAUUAAUCGCAAGCAUGCAAGACAAAUCUCGUUCCUAAGGUAAAUCAGCACGACAAGUUUUUUCAUUCGUAAAAAUGGUGAGCAAAUUUGUAUUGCAAAAAUCACUACUAGCACGAUGAUACUUUUGCAAUUCAUAGCUGUGCGGUGUACGAACAGCGGAAAAAGACCGAGGAGAACAUGGAGCUCACGGCCGUCGUCUCCAACGUGCACCGCCACGCGACGCGGGACGUAUCCUGGGUAAAAACAUCCCCACCCCAUAGUUGUCAUGCUGAUUUGCGAUUACAGGAAAAUCUGUAAUGCGCAUCUCUAAGGCGGGCAUUUGUUCCAAUCGCGUUCUGGAAUUUGUAAUGCUGCAAACAGGAUAAGCAGAUGGAUUUGUGAUGCGGUUGUCCCUGCUAACAUGCACGACUACACUGCGGACUGCAACUUUUCAUGCGUGGCUCCUAAAACUUCUGGAUCUGUAUUGCUAAGUUCCCAACUUGACUAUGGGAAGAUGGGGACGUUUUUACAUAUGAUAGGACGAGGUCCGGAAUUAUUUCACGGAGAAAUGCGGCAAGGUUGCCGACAUCCGGUUCGUGCCCGGACGGGGCAUGUUUUCCAUCGCGUGUAUCCAGUUUGAAGACCGCCAGGGAAUUGAAAAAGCGAUCCACGGCUUGGCGGAUCCGAUGAUUAAGGGCUAUCGUGUGACCAUCAAAUCCUCGGUCCAAAUCCGGCAGGACUUGCAGAAGGGGAAAACGCGGGCAGAGGUGCUGGAGAAGAUCAAUUUCCAAAAUCCGGUGAAAUCCAUGUUGGAAGGCCCGAACGACCCGAAUAUCGCCGCGCGGAACCGGGGCUUCGGGAUUUACAACGAUACCAUUUCCUUCGAGGAAAAACGAAAAUGGGAGCAACAGCGGUCCUGGCAAGAGGCCUACUGUUACAAACAAGAGUAUAUGAAGUGCAAAUACGUCUGGGUCUAGAAAAGUGGAACUUGUAAUGCGUGUCUUGCAUUCCUGGACAAUCUGUGUUGCAUGAGCAGCAAAAGAGGAGCUUCCUUUGUCAUGCAAAAACGCGAUUUGUAAUGCGUAUUAGGCAUCAACAGGCGUCUUAAAAACUUGUCAUGCUUGACUGCCAUUGCAAGCGCUUCAAUCAUGCGCAACUCAGCAUCACAAGUUUCCAGACCCAGACAUAUUUGCAUUUGAUAGAGUACAGCUCGAAUCCGGGCCUGAAGCCGAUCGGUGUCAAUCCCCCGCCGCCGCCGGUUUAUUCAGUGCAAAUAUGUCUGGGUCUGGAAGGAUGCAAUUUGUGAUGCUGGAUUUGGAUUCUAGAAUAAAUCUGUAUUGCAUGAACAGCGAAAGAGGUGGUCCAAGCUUUGCCAUGGCGAGAGGACAUUUCUGAUGCGCUAUAGGCAUCAGGAAGCUCUCCUAAAAUCUGUGAUGCUAGGGCAUCUAUCAGAGACAACAGGACUCAUGUAAAAUGUGCAUGACAAUAAACCUUGCAUUCUUCCAGACCCAGACAUCGUUGCAUUUGAUACGGCUCUUGGAACGUCGACGAUGAAAAACCACAGUGACAAAAAAUCCGAGACGGAUGGUAUCGUAAGGAAAAAUGCCCCCACCCCCGAACUUGGGAGCAUUUGUAUUGCAAACCUUUCCAAACGAAACAUUCGCCCUCUUGCAUCUAUCAGCAUGACAAAUUUCCCAUUCUGAAUAGCGCAAAUUUGUGAUGCAAAGGAGCCCAACAGCAGGCGGAUCCCUGAUGCAAAAGAUACCUUGCGCCCCUAGAUUCUGCGUCAGAAAUGCUUGCGCUCCUUUCAUGCAAGACAAAAGCCUCUCAUUUGGAAACUUUGCAUGAGAAACUUUUGCAAAUUCGGGGCUGGGGGCACUUUUCAUUGUAAUAGAUGGUGAGGGGAAUGAAACUGUCGCCACUUUAGCGGAGAAGGAAAGACUGAAAAAUUUGACCAACCUAUCCUGAGCAAAAACCUACCCACACCAGAGUUGUAUAUGCAAAUCAGCAUGCUGAAAAUGUUUCUCAUGCGGAGACCCAUGAGAAGCAUUUUCUAGUGGUGUUGUGAGCUUUGUGAUGCCAGAAUCCGCAUGAUAUGCUAGAUCUGUGAUGCUGCUGAACUACCUAAACCGGAUUACACUACGAGGACACACUUGUCAUGCGAAGCAACCAAAGCUGGUUGAUUUGUCUAGCAGAUUUGCCAUCUUGACUCUGGUGUGGGUACGUUUUUACUGAGGAUACAACCGGAUCCGCAUCACCAACCUCCCGGCGAAUUUCGACAAUAAAAACAAGCACAAAUGUAUCCAAGAAAAAAACUGUGUAAGUGUAACUUUGUAGGAAGAGCAGCAUCACAAAUUCGUUUUGCAAUACAGGGAAAAGAACCUGUCAUGCGCAGCUAGUACGCGAAAACACGUACGAAAGUAGCCUAUGACGCAGAUCCAGCAUGACAAGCGCAACAGUUUUGCAUUUCCUGCAUCACAGACUUGUUACACUCACAUAGUUUUUGUCUUGCAUAAAAUGUCUCUUAGAGUGGUUCCAACGGUUUGGGGAAAUGGAAUCCGUCGUGGAUAAAACCGUGAAAGAGCACAAAUUUCAAGAUUUACUCGAGAUCACCUUCAAAACGGUUCAGGCCGCAACCGACGCGACCGAGUGCAUGAACGGCUUCGAGUAUUUUGGGGAAAUGUUGAAGGUGAUGCAAGCGCACAAGGUCCCCUUAGUCCCCCCGCCAGGGGUGGUCAUUGGGGAAGACGGGGGCGAGACAAACACGAACCGCGGGAGUUGCCAGUUUGGAACUUCUACUACUACUUCCACGACGGGAGCAGGGGGGAGUAGUGGUACUGGUGCGAGUGUUGAAGUCGUUGGACCUCCACAAGUAGCAUCUACUUUGUCAGCUGCACAUCUACACACAACCGGCGGACCGAUGAGCAAUCCUCUGCUCGCAGGCGGCAUUGGCGGGAAUCCAAUACUAAAUGCAAGUUCGAAGCACACCGCACCGCCGCCGGCUGGUGGAGCACCAGGAUCGACAUCACAAGGUGGGACCGCGGGCGGUGCGCCUCGUGUAUACAACAACCCGGUAACCGGUUCGGUUGCACAACCGUACGUCAACAAUCCGCACAACCUUAUCAAAAAAUGCAAAUAUGUCUGGGUCUGAAACGAUGCAAGGUCUGCCACGCACAUUUUGCAUGACUGCUGACGUCUGUGAUGCAUGCACUAGCAGCACAGAUUUUGUGGGGGCUUUCUGAUGCGGAUACAGCAUGAGAAAAACUGGACGACCUGUUUUGGUUUUGCUGUUCAUGCAAUACAGAUUUUUGCAGUAUCCAGAUACAGCAACAGCAACACAAGUUACAUCCUUCCAGACCCAGCAGACACAUAUUUGCAAUGCAUAAACCUCCCAACAGUCCAAUAUGUCAACGGGCGUCCGGUCUACAAUAACAACGGUCGGCCCGUUCACGCAAGCUCCGGCGCGGUCACGGGGUUACACCAAUUUCGUCCGCCGGUUCCCCUGUAUAACUCGGCCGCUGGGAGGGCGAAUGCGCAUGGAGGUAGCAGCAAUAGCACUUCGACUUCUCAUCUCGGACAACAACAGCAAGAACUUGGAGGGACUUCUAAAACAACCGGCAAUCAUCAUGCGCCGCAGACCUACGGGCAACUGAACCCCAAUGCUAGUAAUGCUCCGCCACGCGGUGGGGUUGGGGUUCCUGGUCGGAAUCCGGGUGUUGGUUUCGGGAUGUUGAACAAUUCUGAUCAACAACAACAUCAGCACCACGCGGCCAACAACAACUUCAGACUGCCGGGCCAGGGACCGUGGACGGGCGAGGGUAUGCACAGUAGUUUCCGAUGAAUCUGUCGAGCGAUAAUCAAAUAUCCGUGGUUGUGUCUUGGUGUACAACAUCUGUGCUUGUUUUCUACUUGCACUGAUUUUUACACUAUGCCGAGUUUCGAACGAAUAUCUUUGUUUAGUGCAUGAAGUUGAAGUAGAUGUGCGACUGGUGUGCUACUCCGGUGGUGCUCCCACUUCGAAAUUGGUUCACUUUUCCUACAAGUGGCCUUUGUUCCUAGUUGCAUUUGCUGUCAUCUUCUAGUUCUUGACAAGGAUUCUUGUUCUUUCUAGGCAACAGGUACUUCUGUGCAACAUGGAGGUUGUUUUUUUUCUAUCUCAUGGUCGUGUGCAGCUAAACCUGGAGCACUUCUACACUCGACGGAUUUGUUGGAGACUUGCAUGAAAGCGGGGGGAAUCUACUGUGGCUGGCAUCUAUGAAAUGCAAAAGUAUCGUACUCGUAUAAAUACAUUACAAAUUAUUUCCUCAGCAUGAGAAAUAAAAUUUUGUAAUGCGGAUUUACCUUAAAAAAAAGAUUUGUAAUGCAUGACUGCAAUAAUACGAGUGCGAUACUUUUGCACAGGAUAGCAUCAGCAUGGUGCUGGCGGAGGUUCUUCUCGCUUCAACCCGAAAGGUGUUUUCGGAUAUUACGGAGGUGCUGGUGGUCCGCUCAGGAGCUGUAGUAAGGGCGGCGCGUCAGCGUCGGAUCCGGAUGCUUGUCAUCAACAUCAUCAUCCGUAUGAUCGCAGCCCCUAUCACAAUAACUUCGGGCGACUAGGAAUGAAUGCGAAUGAUCUACUUCCUGCCGGAAAAGGACCAUUAGGAGGACAACAACAAACCGAGAUCAACAUGACGUCUAAGCGCAAGAACAACUUCCAUUUGAACUGUAGCGGUUUAUGCAUUGCAAAAGUAUCGUACUCGUAUAAAUGCAUAUACAAAUUAUUUCCGCAGCAUGAGAAAUGAAAUUUGUAAUGCGGAAUUACCUUGAGAACAGGAUUUGUAAUGCAUGACUGCAGUACGAGUACGAUACUUUUGCACAGGAUACGGCUUCCGACCCGCGGAUGAUUGGGACCUCUUGCGGCAUAUCCUGUGCAAAAGUAUCGCACUCGUAGUAAUUAUUGCAAUUAUGCAUGAUAAAUCUUUUUCUCAAGGUAAAUCAGCAUGAGAAAUUUCAUUUGUAAUGCUGAGCAAAUUUGUCAUGCAAUUUAUUAUAUAUACUAGUACGAUACUUUUGCACUCCAUACGGCAGCGGAAAGGUGGAGUCUUGCGCUACGAAGAUCGUUGAUCAUAAUUCUCUCCACUAGGUGCAGCUAGAGGUAGUCGUAGCAGCUGCCGAGAUGUUGACCACAGUAGAAUUUGAAUUUACGAAGAUGAAAAUCCGUAGUCGUGGUCCUGGAGCAGGAAAAUUAUCAGGAACGGAAGAUAGAAGAAGAAGAAGAACAAAAAAUACCGGCCGCCGUAGAUAAGUUUCACGUACAACGAUCAAGGCAUCUCUUCUGGACGUACACGUACCUAGUAGAGGUUUACUGAUACUGUUUCACCAGUACCCUGAAGCUGAAUCUGGAAAAAUUCUUGUUGCGCCACAGGAUAGUUCGUCUUCGCUUGGCCUAGGAAUAAAGGCAGGAACACUUCUACAAUUACAACGUACAGAAAAUGAUGAAAGGUUGAGAAAAUUUUUUUAGUGAUGAUACUGAAGUGCAAUUUUCUGGCUUCUCCCCUGGCGCUGGAAAAUGUUCGAUAUCGAUAUUUUCAUUUCAAAGUUGUGCAAACGCACCAAAAACCCUCCUAUCACAUCAACCCAUGCAUCGUCACCAGAAAAAAGGUCGCACCAAACUCCGAACAAAAACAAGCUACAGCUCGCCAUUAU